UUUUUCUGGUGGCAAAUAUGUAUUUUAUUUGUAGUAGUAGCCGUAGUUAGUAAGGAUAAACGCUUCGACAGUACUGUAAGCAUAUGACACUUGCAACAUUCCAUGUUAUGUAAUUCAAAUAGUAACAGGAGUAGAAAGUUCUACCAGCAGGCGGCUCGUGCAGUGUCGCAACAGAAGCCACACACUGCAUAUUUAAAUGGUGGUGGUAUUAUUAUUCAUACAUACAUUAUUUAAAAAAAACAUAAUAGAGGCCAUAAUUUAUAUCAAAAAAUACAAAUAUGGCAACCAGUAACCACAUUUUACACGUUUUGAUAAUGUAGGGGAAAGUGGCUCUAAAAAAAAUUUCAACAUAUUUGUAAAACUUUUGAAAUAUUUCCCCUGACAUUUGUUUUUGUUCAUACAUUUUUGCAUAUGUCGAAUAAUGUUUACACAAUGAAUGCUCGCAAUGGUUGUAUCAUAUAUACAUGUAAAUACGGAAUACAUAUCUGUACUACUUUUGACAUUGAUUCAAAAUCAACAACAACAAAACUGUUUAUCUUUCGUCUUUCGCCUCACGUGACUCGUGAUGAUCGCUAGUGCGCAUGCCCGUCACACUCCGUCCCCGCCCCCCUGGCACCCGAUUCGCACAUGCGCCGUCCGCAACAUCCGGGAACCCGGACAAGGAUGAACGGCGACUUUCAAGAUGGCGGCGGAGGGAGGAGGGAAGGAGACGAACGACAUUAAAACGCAAUUCACCACCCGGGAGGGGGUCUACAAACUCCUCACGCACUCCGAGUACAGCCGCCCGAACCGGGUCCCCUUCAACUCGCAGGGCUCCAACCCCGUCAGGGUCUCGUUUGUCAACGUCAACGACCAGUCGGGGAACGGCGACAGGAUCUGCUUCAAUGUGGGCCGGGAGCUCUACUUUUAUAUCUACAAAGGUGUGAGAAAGGCCGCCGACCUGAGCAAGCCCAUAGACAAGCGGAUCUACAAAGGCACGCAGCCCACGUGCCACGACUUCAACCCGCUCACCGCCACCGGCGAGAGCGUCUCGCUGCUGGUGGGCUUCUCGGCGGGCCAGGUGCAGCUCAUCGACCCCAUCAAGAAGGAGACCAGCAAGCUCUUCAACGAAGAGAGACUCAUCGACAAGUCUCGGGUGACGUGCGUGCGAUGGGUCCCCGGUUCUGAGAGCUUAUUUCUGGUGGCCCAUUCAAGCGGGACCAUGUAUCUGUACAACGUGGAGAACACGUGCGGCACGGCGGCGCCCCACUAUCAGCUCCUCAAGCAGGGGGACAACUACGCCGUGCACACCUGCAAGAGCAAGUCGGGUCGCAACCCUUUACUGCGCUGGACCGUAGGCGACGGCGCGCUCAACGAGUUUGCCUUUUCCCCGGACGGUAAGUUCCUGGCGUGCGCCAGCCAGGACGGCUACCUGCGGGUGUUCGGCUUCGACGCCGCGGAGUUGCACGGCACCAUGAAGAGCUACUUCGGCGGCUUGCUCUGCGUGUGCUGGAGCCCCGACGGGCGCUACAUCGUGGCGGGCGGGGAGGACGACCUGGUGACCGUGUGGUCGUUCUCGGACUGCAGGGUGAUCGCGCGGGGGCACGGACACAAGUCGUGGGUGAGCGUCGUGGCGUUCGACCACUGCACCACCAGCGUGGAGGAGGGCGGCGAGCCCCCCGCCGAGUUCAGCGGCAGCGACGAGGACUUUUACGAGCAUAUUCACUUUAGCGCGGGGAGGGACCGGGCCAACAGCGCCCACUCCCGGCUUUCCAAGAGGAACUCUACGGACAGUCGGCCAGUGAGCGUGACGUACCGAUUCGGGUCCGUGGGCCAGGACACGCAGCUGUGUCUGUGGGACCUCACCGAGGACAUCCUCUUCCCUCACCUCCCUUUGUCUCGCACCAGGACUCACACCAACGUCAUGAAUGCCUCCAGCCCCCCGGCCACCGGCGGAAACACUAUUUUCACUUCCAGCGCCAACGGCAAAGACAACGUUAGCAAUAGCAGCACCGGCGGCAACACGCCAAACUCCCUCCCGGGGACGCUGCCUCGCUCCAACAGCCUACCGCAAUCCUCCAAUCCGGCGGUGGGCGGCAGCACCCCGAACAGUCACACGGGCAGCAGCUGCAGCAGCAGCGGUAGCGCCGCCGCCACCGUCCUGCCCUCAAAGGGCGGCGGCGGCAUCAUGGACAGCGCCCUGAUCGCCGCCGGCGUGGGCAAGUUCGCCACCCUGUCGCUGCACGAGACGCGCAAGGAGCGACCGGAGAAGGAGCACAAGCGCAUGCACAGCGCCGGUCACAUCGGCAGCAAGAGUGGCGAGAAACUCAGCCAGCUGGGCGCCUCGCGCUCAGCGGCGACCAAAGGCGACACCGCCAAGACGCUGGGCACGCCGCUGUGCCCCCACAUGGAGGAGGUGCCGCUGCUGGAGCCGCUGGUGUGCAAGAAGAUCGCCCACGAGAGACUGACGGUGUUGAUCUUCCUGGAGGACUGUCUGGUCACGGCCUGCCAGGAGGGCUUCGUUUGCACCUGGGCCAGGCCCGGGAAAGCGGGGCUGCUAUCAUCUCAAAACAACCCCGCCAACUCCCCCAGCGGAACCGUAGUAUAGCCGUCCCACCCCGGGCCAGACGCGGUUCGCGGAAACUCGACGCCUUCAGCCCGCGGUAAAACGGGUGCUAUUUGGCAAAGGAUUCAGGAGCUUUAAGGUUCUUAUAGGAAGGGCUGACUGGUUCGCCGUCACGCCUCCGGCCGUGUUCUCCCGUUUCUCCAUUUCACGUACUGGGCCAUCUUAAAGGGAACAAUAUUUUGGAAGCGGCUGCAUAUACUCUUUUUAACGGAGGUAAAUACUUCCUUAAAUCACACAAAGUGUAUUUGCACAAAUUUUGCUGCCCUUCCUCCCUGGUGGUUUUUUUUUAAAUUCAUAGCAGCAGAACACAAGCAGAUCUCGGAAGCACUUGGCUUAUCGGCACCCUUCGUCUCCCACUGGAUGCUGCGAUCCUGUUUUAUUAUUAUUAUUAUUUAGGAAAACUCAUGUUUGCACUUAACAGUUUGUUGUUCGAAGGAGAAUGGAUGUAUUGUUUUUUGGGGAGUGUUCAAUAGAAUUAAGAACCUUUGUACUGAUUUUUUUUUUUUUUGACAUGGAACAGACUCUGUAUAGUAUGUAAAUACUGUACGGCAAUGAUUCAUUCAUUUUGAGAAAAAAAUAGCUUAUUUCUAAUACAGAAUCUAAUAUUAAAGUGAAUCCUGAAUAUGCAGAUUUUUUUUCCCCUCCUUCCUCAUUUCCGUUGUACAGAAAGAGAGUUCAGGUGUAUUUUUUCUUAACGCAACGUUUGGUUAUAAUAUAGAAGAUGCUUUUAUCUAACGGCUAGUGGCGAACGUUCGUGUUCAGCCGUCAUUCCGAGCUCAGGUAAAACGUGCGCUUGCCUAUCGUGUGAAUUGACUCCCACCCAAGGCAACUCCUCUGUGUGAGCGGCGUGGUUAUGAUGAUGAUGAUGAUUAUUAUUUUUGAAAAUAACACUGUGUUGAUUCAUGCUAGAGCUGGACGUUGCUCUAGGGCGUUUCUCCUCUAGCGCCCACAAGAGGAAAGACUUUGAACGGUGGCAGCCUUUUUCCUCCAUGUGACGCCUAUUAAACAGUUUGACUAUA